CUCUCUUCUAAUCCAUGUCGCUUUAUUUAUCAUCGCAUUUAUUCGCGUGCCGCGAUGUGGAGGAUGAUGAAGUAAAAUUUCGCGACACUGGUCUAAAGUGGUGAGCAGCAGUGUCGCCCCUGGUGGUUGUUUGGCAAAAUCACAUUUGGCAUGCUCUGGUGGCCUGUGAUAAGGGAUAUAUUUUGCGUGGAUUUCACUGGAAGGAGUGUAAAUAUUUAUUGUUAAUUCACCGUAUUCUAAUAAUGACGAGGACAAGCAUAGAUCUGGGCGAUGUUACUCCACACAACAUCAAACAACUGAAGCGACUGAACAUGGUUGUUUUUCCCGUCUCGUACAAUGAUAAGUUCUACAUCGAUGUCCUGGAGGCUGGGGAGCUGGCAAAACUGGCGUACUACAAUGAUAUUGUCGUGGGGGCGGUGUGCUGUCGCGUGGACACGUCGGAGAACAUGCGUAGACUCUAUAUAAUGACUCUGGGCUGCCUCUAUCCGUACAGGAGACUAGGCAUUGGCUCAGUCAUGGUCAAUCAUAUUCUCAAGUAUGUGGAGAAUGACGGCAACUUCGACAGUAUAUUUCUUCACGUCCAAGUGAACAACGACGGUGCCAUAGAGUUCUACAAGAAGUUUGGCUUCGAGAUCGUGGAGACGAAAGAGCAAUACUACAAACGCAUCGAGCCGGCGGACGCUCACGUGCUCCAGAAGAGUCUCAAGAAGAAAUGCCCCAAUGACACCACGGCCAGAGUGUCCAAUAGCAAUGCCCACGUGAAUGGUAUCGACAAGAGCCACCACACUGGCAAGACGAAAGCAUAAGAAAAUCUCACUCCCAUCGCGUCAUUUUGAAAGCGAAAUCCGCGAGUCGCAAAGGUAAAUCAUUUUCUCUAUCUUUCACGCUCCCCAAUUCUCCACCCCCCGUCAUUUCACCCGGACAUAUGAAGACCAUCGUACUUUCGCAGCAUCCGUGCUUGGAGUUAGGAUUUUUGGAAAGUAAUAAAUUUUGUAAAUUUCAAUGGAUACCAAUCGAUGGUAGAUAUACUUGCUCCUCCCAAUCCCGUGUCUCUCUGGCCAGGAGAGCACGGGAACGAUGAAGACACCAAAAUUAGAAUACAAUGUAAUUGGAUUACAAAGGGUUCAUUUAAUCGUGAGGCCACCUUAUUGUUUUAUUUAUAGAGAAAGGAAAAAAAAUUAAUUGUAAGUGGAAUGAAAUGCAGUUUUAGCUUCUAAUUUUUUUGUUUGUUUUUUCAUCUUGAUUGACUCGGAAGAUCGCGGAAACUUUAUUUAGAAUUAACUUGAUUAAGCUCUGAAUAAGGCUGGCCCAGCGACUAAAUAACCACCGAUAUGGAGGCAUGAAGUGAUCGAGAUAUCAAGUGAAAUGAAAUCACAAUAGCAAAGAAAAUGUGUUUUAGGUUCUAUGAUGAAUGGAAGAGUAACAACGUAUUAACCAAUAUAAUCUUUAUUAUAUAUUAAAAUACCAUCGGAAAAA